CCUCCCCAGGGACACGAGGAAAGGAUACGUCGGGAAGCGAAGUGGGAGGCGUUUUUCGCUUCGCCUCCCGUGGACUGAAGGAGACUCCGGGCAGGGGCUGCACGGUGAGAGGAGUGACAUCCUUUGGAAAGGUGGCGGGGAGGGGGAAAAAGAAAAAAAAAAAGACCAAAAAACCAAGCAGAAACGUUUGAGAGAACAGUACUCCCGGGGACCCAGGACUUCACGCUAUCUGCGAGAAGCUGAGCCUGAAAAUAAAGCGAAUGCCGUCCUUGGAAACUUAAAACCCUCCGGCGGUGGAGGACCUUCGAAGAUCCUUUCGAUCGUCUUUCAAUCGUAUGCAUCGAGCGCUUACUCUGUGCAGAGCACUGGACUAAGCGCUUGAAGAUGGGGCCGGGUUUCCAGCUGGGAGGACCACGGCGGUAGGUGCGUGCAAAGCUUUCCUAAGGGUAGCCUGCGACCGUUUCCCCCUUUAGCUCGUCUGCAAGACUCCGAGGUGGAAAGCCUGAAAAAAAGGAUUACAAGCCUCAUCCUGGUGGCAUCUCUAAAAGUUGCCGGCCGGAGGAAGAGAAAGCGCCAGGCUCUAGCCUUCUGGAUACAAUGCAUCUUCCUCAAGAGUUCGCGUCUCGCCCGGAUCGGCCACUCAGAGCAAAUCCCGGAGAUCCUUAGCCCUCUGCGUGGAUAGUUUUGUAAGCAACCGCAAAUGAUGAAAUCUUCUACGGCAGAAGCUUUCCAUAAAGGAAGGAUGUUGUGGAUAAUUCUUCUAAGCACAAUUUUUGCUCUAGGAUGGACUACCCCAAUCCCCUUGAUAGAGGACUCAGAGGAAAUAGACGAGCCUUGCUUUGAUCCAUGUUACUGUGAAGUGAAAGAAAGCCUUUUUCAUAUACAUUGUGACAGUAAAGGAUUUACAAAUAUUAGUCAGAUCACAGAGUCCUGGUCGAGACCUUUUAAACUUUAUCUGCAGAGGAAUUCCAUGAGGAAACUGUACACCAACAGUUUCCUCCACUUGAACAAUGCUGUAUCUAUUAACCUUGGGAACAACGCACUGCAGGACAUUCAGUCGGGAGCCUUCAACGGCCUUAAGGUUUUAAAGAGGUUAUACCUGCACGAGAAUAAAUUAGACAUCUUCCGAAACGACACUUUCCUGGGCUUGGAAAGUCUGGAAUACCUGCAGGCCGACUACAACGUCAUCAAGCGCAUCGAAAGCGGGGCGUUUCGAAACCUGAGCAAGUUGCGGGUUCUCAUCUUGAACGAUAACCUCAUCCCCAUCCUUCCCACCAAUCUCUUUAAGGCCGUGUCUCUGACCCACCUAGACCUCCGGGGAAACAGGCUAAAGGUACUCCCUUACCGGGGAAUGCUGGAUCACGUUGGCAGGACCCUGAUGGAGAUCCAGCUGGAAGAAAACCCCUGGAACUGCACCUGCGAGAUCGUGCAGCUGAAGACCUGGCUGGAACGCAUCCCUUACACGGCCCUGGUGGGAGACAUCACCUGCGAAACCCCCUUCCACUUCCACGGUAAGGACCUGCGGGAGAUCAGAAAGGCGGAACUCUGUCCCCUGCUGACAGAGUCGGAGGUGGAAGCCAGCCUGGGGAUCCCUCAGCUGUCCUCGAGCAAGGAGAACACCUGGCCCACGAAGCCCUCCUCGAUGCUGUCCUCGGUCCACUUCACCGCCUCUUCCGUCGAAUACAAGUCCUCCAACAGGCAGCCCAAGCCCACCAAACAGCCCCGGACGGCCAAGCCUCCACCGACGUCCCGGGGCCCGUACCCGGGGCCCAACCAGCCGCCCGUGGCCGCCUACCAGACCCGCCCCCCCAUCCCCAUCAUCUGCCCCACGGGCUGCAUCUGCAGCUUGCACAUCAAUGACCUGGGCCUGACGGUCAACUGCAAAGAGCGGGGGUUUAGCAACAUAUCGGAGCUCCUCCCAAGGCCCCUGAACGCCAAGAAGCUGUACCUGAGCAGCAACCUGAUUCAGAAGAUCUACCGGUCCGACUUCUGGAACUUCUCGUCUCUGGAGCUCCUGCACCUGGGGAACAACCGCAUUUCCUACGUCCAGGACGGGGCCUUCAUCAACCUGCCCAACCUGAAGAGCCUGUUCCUCAACGGCAACGACAUCGAGAGGCUCACGCCGGGCAUGUUCCGAGGCUUGCAGAGCCUGCACUACCUGUACUUCGAGUUCAACGUCAUCCGGGAGAUCCGUCCGGCGGCCUUCAGCCUCAUGCCCAACCUGAAGCUGCUCUUCCUUAACAACAACCUGCUGCGGAAGCUGCCCACGGACGCCUUCGCGGGGACCUCGCUGGCCCGGCUCAACCUGCGCAAGAACUACUUCCUCUACCUGCCCGUGGCCGGGGUCCUGGAGCACCUCAACGCCAUCGUGCAGAUCGACCUCAACGAGAACCCCUGGGACUGCACCUGCGACCUGGUGCCCCUGAAGCAGUGGAUGGAGACCAUCAGCUCCGUCAGCGUGGUGGGCGACGUCCUCUGCGGGAGCCCCGAGAACCUCACCCGCCGCGAUGUGCGCACGGUCGAGCUGGAAGCGCUCUGCCCGGAGAUGCUGCGCGGGGCCGGCGCCUCCCCAGCCCUCCCGGGGGCGGGCCGGCCAGCGGCCGGGGGGCCCACCGGCGCUUCGCCCUCGGAGUUCUCGCCGCCCGGGGGUCCCGUGCCCCUCUCCGUACUGAUCCUCAGCCUGCUCGUGCUCUUCUUCUCUGCCGUCUUCAUCGCGGCAGGCCUCUUCGCCUUCGUCCUCCGCCGGCGCCGCAAGAAGCUGCCCUUCCGCAAGCGGCAAGAGGGCGUGGACCUGACGGGCAUCCAGAUGCAGUGUCACCGGCUCUUCGAGGACGGCGGCGGGGGCGGCGGGGGCGGCGGGGGCGGCGGGGGCGGCGGGGGCGGAGGCCGUCCCAGCCGGGGUUCGCCCGAGAAGGCUCCCCCCGUGGGCCAUGUGUACGACUACAUCCCACACCCGGUCACCCAGAUGUGCAACAACCCCAUCUACAAGCCCCGGGAGGAGGAGGAGGAGGCGGAGGCCGAGACGGGGGCCCAGGAGGCCGGCGGUCCCGAGCGGGGCGGCGCUGGGCCUCAGCCUCCUCGGGCCGGGGAGCUCCUGCUGGGAGAGGACCAGUUUUCCGAGACGGCCAAGGAGAACCCCAGUAACUACCGGACCUUGCUGGAGAAGGAGAAGGAGUGGACCCUGGCCGUAUCCAGCUCCCAGCUCAACACCAUAGUGACCAGGAACCACCACCACCCCGCACACCCUCACCGCCCCGCCGGGGGGGGCAGCGGUGGCGGGGCAGGGGUGGUGGGGAGCGUGGCGGGAGACUUGGCGGGGUUCCGCCACCAUGAGAAGAACGGCGGUGUGGUGCUCUUCCCCCCGGGGGGAGGCUGUGGGGGCGGCGGCGGAGGCGGCGGGUUCCUCGACCGGGAGAGACCCCAGCCAGCCCCCUGCAUGGUGGGCUUCGUGGACUGCCUCUACAGCACAGUGCCCAAGUUGAAGGAACUGCACGUCCACCCUCCUGGCAUGCAAUAUCCAGACUUACAGCAGGACGCCAGGCUCAAAGAAACCCUUCUCUUCUCGGCUGGAAAGGGCUUCUCAGACCACCAAACCCAAAAAAGCGAAUACCUCGAGUUAAGGGCCAAACUCCAAACCAAGCCGGAUUACCUCGAAGUCCUGGAGAAAACAACCUAUAGGUUCUGAAUGGGGAAGGAAAAAAAAAAGUUAGCGCUUUUAAAAAAAAAUGAAAUAAAUAUUUCCCUACCCUCCCCCACCCCACCCGCCCCCCGCCAACCGGCCCCGAUCGAGCCUCCUCUAUCCUUACCCCUCUCCCACCCCGACAAAACAAAUCCGCAUGAUAACUAGAGAAUACAGAUGUGUGCUCUCCCCCUCCCGGAUGUGUUUCGGAGGAAGGGUCAUACUCAGAUCAUUAAUCAAUGAAGUGCCUUCGCAGACUUUUGCCAGCAAAUGUUAUCAAUCAUUAUUUUUUUAUACUGAAACUUGAGACUUUGACUGUGCCAUGUAUAAGGUAUAUCGAGGAUCUUUGUAUCGAUCCUAAUUGAGUAAAAUUCUCUGUGUCUUUUUUUGCAGUAAUUUACUUUUUUCUUUUUUUCUUUUUUUUUCCUUUUGGGGUUUACUUUUGUUUUGAGGGGAGGGGGGAAAAGAUAGCAUUGUGGCUGUCUUUCUUCUCACCCAUCAUGGCACAGAUUCUGUACAUGUAUUGAUGAUGCAGUUUGCUGCAUGCCUGGAAACUGCAAGAGGGGGAGGGAGGGGGCGGGUCUUGCUCGAAUGUUCUCAGUCACUCUCUUGUCUCUCUCGCUCUCUCUCCCGCACACACACACUCAGACACGUGCACACACACACACACAAACACACAUACAUGCACAAUUCCCAAUCCACUGCUUUUGCUUCUCUCUCCCCCUCCAUAAUCUCCAUCCCUCCUCUCUUCGCCUCACCCCCUCACCCAUCCUUAACAAUCCAACAGGCCACAUGCUCGGACCCCCCCGCCCGUUUUCCUCCCCCAUCCCCACUCUUCACCAAAUCACCGCAGCAUUUUUUCCUUCCCAUCCGCUGGGGGAAGUUCCAUUCCAGCCCCAACCCAUCCCCAGCGACCAACUUAAAGGAUGUGAUACACAGCGCGCACCUAGGGAUAAGCCACCUCUUUGUGACACUCCAUCCUAACGCCAAGAUUUUUUGGAGGACAUCCGCACUUUCUUAUCUAUAUAUAUAUUAAAAAUAUAUAAAAAAAGCAACUGGAAUAUAUCACUAACAGCUUUGUAGGAAAGCACUUUUAAUGUUUUCGCGCUCACACACACACACAAAGAUUCAAAAACAAUGUGCAUAUAUUUAUUCUGUAAUUUCAGUGACUAUAAAAAUUGUAAAGGUAAUGUUUAAUCAUUGUAUAGUGAUUAUGCGUCUGGUAUAGCUUUCCUAAUAAAAAGUUUUGAAAAAAAUACAUAUAUAUAUAUAGAGGAUAAAAGCUUGAACCUUAAACUUCAGCUAUGCCACUUCCUCCCUGCCCCUUUCUGAUUUUUGUUUGAUUUCCCACGUUACCGAAAGCUAUUUUAUGAUCAGUUCAAUGCACUGUGAUGUUGACAGAACCCUGCGAAACUUUUCUCUUGCCAGGAUGCCACUCGGGACUUUAAACAGAACAAAACAAAACAAAAAAAAAUCCGAUUUGCAAUCUGCUUCCCUUCCUCAUUUGCUCUGUGACAGUUUUAGUGACGGCAUUACCGUCGCCUCCUCGGGCUCCCACCGGGACAAAAGCAAAGCCCUUAAAUACGAAACGAGGAGCCGGCGAAAGGAUUGGAAACCAAUGCUCCCGAGGGCCGGGGGAUGCGGGUGGCGGGAUGAAGGGCAGGGAUGGAUCUGCGGUGUUUCUUAGACUUGCUCCGAUGGGAUCGCCUCGAAACCGCUCGUUGGGUUCCCCCAUCGGAGGCCUGACAGCUGUCAAAGUAGCCACUCUCCGACGACUGACUCUCUCUUCCACCCACUUGCUGCAACGGGAACCCGAGUUACAUUUGCACUAAAUGAGAGGAUGCUGCGCACAAUUGUUUUUUUUGGGGGGGGAGGGGGGAUAUGUCAUUAAAAAAGAUGUUGCAAAAUUGACUUUGAGAUCGACACCAUUUACAGCUCGCUGAAAUGUGAGUGAAACCAAAGAAAAUCGGAUUUUUUAGGUGUCGGUAUCGUGGUCUUGGAGAGAACAUUUAUUUCUAAGGGAGGAAAAAGGCUUCGGGAAGGCCUAGGGAGGGGCAGUAGUGACCCCAUUGUGCCAGGAGAGGGCGGCAGAGCUCUAGCCAUCACAGUUGCAGUUGGUGCUGCACAACCUUGCAGCUUGAGGCUCAGCGUGCUUUCCCGCUUGUGCCCCCUCAAGCUGCCCUUAAUAGAAAUCAUUACGUGUUGAAUGUAAUUCACCAGACGUCACUAAUGCCUUACAUUCAGAUUGAAAGGGGAAAAAAAAAACAAUUGGAGGAAUGUAAAAUCAGUUCUCUAGCUCUACGGCUGAUGAACUACUAGGUUUUGCCCUCAAGGAUGCCAAAUGAGAGACUAAAGGAUACAAUAUUUAUGUACCUCUCUCUGUUAUGUGGAUCGACAGAGAGGUGCAGAGAUACAGAAAAAAUGUCUACACACGGUCAUGUUCUCGUUCAAUCCAAAUGACACCUUUUUAGGGUGAAUUUUUAAUUUCGUCUCGCAUUCAAAAAUUUGUAUCCGACGCCCUGGUCCUUAAUGCUCUUCAGGCACAAUUUGUGGACUACUGUUAGAUGACAAAAUGUCCAGACUUCAUUGUGAUUCUAUUCAAAAUGACGCCCUUCCUAAUACCGAGGGUCCAGUCCUUUGAGUUCUACCAGAGAUUUUCCCUUUUCCGUUUUCUUGUUCCUUUCCUUUUCCCCCACCCCGACUCCACAUGCUCCAUAAUUCCUUUUCUUUUCAUACUUACUACUGUCCUUCUUGUUUCCUAUUUUCCUGUCCAUUUAUCACUCCUCUUUCCUUCUCCCUUAGUAUAGAGCCUUUACUAAGGACCGAAAAGCCCAUCCCAUCUCUUAAUCGUGUCGCUCUUGACACCGUUGUGAUCUAAGCCUGCUCAAGAAAGCUGUAAUCUGUGCCCCAUUUCCAGGAUAUAUUAGUUAUACAUGUUCAGAAACUCAGCUCUGUCAGAUCCUUCUAUACUACUUAUGGUGUUUUAUUACUGCUGCUUUCCUCACGAAUAGCAAUGUUUUAAUGGAUAGUAGAAAGCAUGCGCAUAUUUAAAAAAUCAAAGUGCAAGGCUAGAUACUUCUGAUGUUAAUCAUUAAAGUUUCAUUGAUAACACUACACGCAUGCAUAACAUGAACUAUAAUACAAAUCAGGUUAAAGUACAAUCCCUAGUGUUACUGGUGCUGUAUUCAUUUCCAAAAUGAGUGUUCAUAAGUCAUAUCAAGUACAAUAUAAGUCAUUCAUUAUGAACAAUGUUUAUAUUUAAUUUAAAGAACAGAAGACAAGAGUGUUAAAUAUAGGUUCUUAACUAUAGGUUCUAAUUUCAUUCCUGGUUGGGGAGUAAAUCUAUUUAUUCAGUGGAAAUAAAUUUAUUCUAUGACAAUGGAAUUUUGUAUUAAAAGAGAUAAUUUUUGGCUUAAGUGGAUUUUUUUUUCUGUUUAGGAAAUUUCGUUCUUUAUUGCAAUAUUCAAGUAAGCGGUGGCUGAAAUCAAUUUGGUUCCUCAGAAUAGUGUGGUGAUUGAUGUGUGUUUAGAAUUUUUUCAUGAUUUUACUGCUACACAAUUGAGGUCCCAUUUAAAGAAGUGAAACCUAUUUAUUCAUUUAUCUCUCUCUGCUACAGGAAGGCUGUUUAUAACUAACCUUAGCAGACCUACAUUGAUGGGAUUUGCUGUUGUUAUGAUAUUUUCAAAUUAUAGGAACGGUUAUAAAAUUGGAAAAUAAUUUGCAGGGCGUAGCAAUUUUCCCUCAUGGAUGAGCUGUUGAUUAGGAGAUAUCUAAUACACUGUUUUAGCUUAAUUCAGCAGUGGUACCGAUAAGUCGUGUGCCAAUUUCAGUUUGCUGUUUUUGUGGUUGCAGUCAUGUCUUUCCUUUGUUAUUCUGCAAUUCAUAGAAGAAGUACGCAGGAAAUAGGAAUGAUAAUUCUCAUAAAAGUGUAUAUAAGAAGUAAGAAAAACAAAAAAUGAUAAAUUACUCUGAGUUUUAUAAUUUUCGUAAGGAUUGCUAAUUUCAUCAGUUCUGCAGGAAAUGUGACACCCAUUAGUAUUUUAAAUGAUUUAAUUGAUUAUGCAGUUCAAGAAGAAAAUAAUUUGCUCAGUCAUCUGAGUACUCAUUUCAGCUAAUAUAAGAUAUGCUCCUAUUUUUCUGAAAUCUGGUCUAAAAAGGGAGAAACAUUAUUGCAGGGAGAAAGCUUUUUUAAAGACUUCAAAGGAAUCAGUAAGUAGACUCUAGCUGAUUCAAUUCAAGAUUAUAUCAGAGUACUUGGCAGUGAAGGAGCACUCUCUGUUUCAGUGCUUUUAGUUGAUUUGAUUUUAAACUAGCAAUUUAUAAACUUAUGGUCAGCUCAACAUCAUCGACUACAAAAAUUCAGGUCAACAGAACAAACCGCCUCAUUAUAAAAUUCAUCAAAAUUGUUCUGUGAAGGUACUGUAGGUCUUUCAAGGCUGUGGAAGCAAUAAUAUAUGCACAUACUUUGAAUAUAUAUGUAUUGUCCUUCAGUAAGAUAAAAAUAUAGAGGCACAAGUACAUUUGGUUUACUCAUAUGAAAAGUACAAAUGCACAGUAAGAAGCAUGAUGUACCAUGCUGUGGUGAUUGAUUUUACAUUUUUUUCUUGCAUUUAUGUAACGCCAGGAAAAGUGGUCCUGAAUGAAAUCGUCAGCCUUCGCUUUGUGCAUAUACGUAUGCAAAAGUGUCUUUGUUGUGAGUAUUCUGGAAUUUAAAAUUCUCCAUAUCUAGUGGAAUAUUUAAUUUUGUCAUGUCAUAAAUGAAAACUGUCUCCAAUCUCAGGCAAAUUGUGGUUUAUUUCCUCAAGAACCAUUAUUAUUAAAAUAACAAAUAGGCUUCUACCUUUCACCUAACAUUUUUGCAAAGGAGCUGGGAGCACUUAAUUCUAUUUUCAAAUUUUCCUUUUGGAGUGGAAUCUUUGCAAAUGGUAAACAAAAUUUUGCAUAGCUGAACUAAUGAGGCAAGGCUCUGGCCAUUAUGCUGCAUAUGCAGAAUAGGAAAAUGUUGCAGGUAAAAUAAAAAUAGAGCUAACUAGAAGAUUAGAUUUCCUAUGGGGACCUUCAUCAUCAAUUAUGAUGCUUUUAUAGAGCCCAUUAUUUUCGAUGUGUGCUAACCACAUACCAGACCUGCAACCCUUUACAUACGUGGCUUGGUGAAAACAAAAUGAAGAGAUAAAUUCAAUUUCUUUGGGAAAUAAAGGAGUUGCACUCCAAGCAGAAGUUAACAGCUUGACUGCUUUCUCUGUCUGCCCACAGAUUGUAUUGGCAGGGAUGCGUUUGGUUUUAGAAAAGUUGUUUGCUUGCUUUUUUUUUUCCUACUGCUAAGCUGCAGAUGAGUUUUCAAAUUGAUUUUGGAUUAUGAUUAAAAAAAAAAUGAUACUAUCUUGAGGGGUUUCAAAGCAAAGAUGUUUACAGGCAGGAGGUAUAAUAAAUGUAUGGGGUUGGCCCAACUUUGACACCUUGACAGUUUGACAGUGUUCCUUUGAAAAGUAAAGCAGGGAUGGAGAAUAAUAGAAGAUUGCAGACCUUGUUAAUUGUCACCAAAUGACAGUGCAAUCCGUCAAGUAUUUAGUGUGGGCAAACGUCAUCCUUGUUUCCAUGUUGCACAGUCCUUUGAAAUUGUGGUGAGUUACCAGAUUUUUGCAGUUUCAUGAGUCAUAAACCAAAUGUGAUCAAGUCAAUUAAAUAUGUUUAAUCAAAAA